AUGUCAGAGAGGAAGGUUAUCAACAAAUACUACCCACCGGAUUAUGAUCCGCAGAAGGCGGAGAAGCAGGUGCGACAGCUUUCCAAGAAGCUAAAAACGAUGCGGCAAGACAGUGUUACCAUCAGAUUAAUGACGCCUUUCAGCAUACGAUGUUUAAAAUGUUCAGAGUACAUUCCCAAGUUUAGAAAGUUCAAUGGGAAGAAAGAGGUGCUUCCGGAAAAGUAUUUGGAAACCAUUAAAAUAUACCGGUUAAGCAUCAAGUGUCCUCGCUGCAAUAGUAUGAUUUCCUUUAAAACUGAUCCCAACCGAGGUGACUACACCAUGGAGGUUGGUGGUGUGCGUAACUAUACCAAGGAGAAUAAUAACUCUCAAAUUAAACCAGAUGAGUCUACAGAAGAGACUCUAGAACGGUUGCUAAAGGAAGAAGAAGAACAAAACCUCACAGAAGAACAAAAAGGGAAGGACAGAUUGGAGCACUUGGAAGAGCGCCUUGCAAAACUACAACAGGAACAGGCGGAUGACGAGGCUAUUGAGGCCUUGCAGAAAAACAACCUGCUGCGCAUGAAAAGAGCAGCUGCUCUUGACAUGCUCUCAGAACCUUCAAAAGUUGACGAAGAACAGGACAAUCUCGAUGACUUAACUGCACAAGCCUUCCGCCAAUACGAAGACCAAGAGCCUAAAGAACCAGAAAAAUCAUUAGAAUCAUCCACUAAAGAAACGAAGUCGCCCCAAACUCUUAUCCCCACGAAGAUACAGGUUAAGAAAAAACACACAUCAAACUCCCUAGGCGUUGUCGUCAAGAAAAGGAAAACCAAGAAGCAUUAG